UAACCGUAUGAUAUGGCCAACAGCAUCUCAAACUUCUCGCCGACAAUGACUCCGCGAUGGAGCACUGUCUCCUGCGUGCAUGGUACGCCGUGGAUCAUAGGAAGCGAACUGCUUUUUAACAGCCACUGAGGCGAUAUUCCCCAUCCGUCGUCACUCCCGAUGCCUCCAUGCAUCCUCCGUAAAUUCGCCACGAAAGAUUUCUGUCCCCACCUUCCUCUGAUUUCGCAGUACUCGUUACUGGUCACCUCUUACAUUCUUCUGGGGCCGGCCCCCAACCCUGUGACAUCUUUUCGCCUUCGCUAGGUUCUAUAUUCGCCAGCCUCCAACGACCUUCGCGCACAGGUCAGCCUCUGCAUGACCCCAUACCGUAAUGAAAAACCCACAGCUGCUCACCCCAGUGGCUCAGCUCGGCUUGGCCUUUUUUAUUCUUAUAUAUCGUUUCUCAAGCACGGACGGCUGUCGAUACCCGGGGCUACACAGUAGCAGUAAUUUGACUCUCCUCUUCACUUCCAAUUUCUUGACAUAAGAACGGUUGGGCAUGCUAACCUCAUAAUUCAGAAUAUCCCCUUCGCCACAUUAUGCUUACUUAUGUUCACCUAUGUUCCCUUAUGCGAUAUGUGUUUAUGCCCAGCCAAAUGUACUUACCUAUGAUGCAUGCAAAGAUAUAUCCUUGCCUCGUUUGCUCCCUCCGC